AGACCAAGCCCAGGAAUCAUCAUGGCAGACCGCGCCAAGCUCCAGGCGCUCUCCGACGACUACCAAACCCUACAGACACAGCUCAGCGAACUCAUAUCUGCCCGUCAAAAACUGGAAGCGCAACAACAAGAAAAUAAAGGCGUACAAUCUGAAUUCAAGGGCUUGAAAGACGAUGCUACCAUUUACAAGCUCGUCGGCCCCGUACUGUUGAAGCAAGAUACGACCGAGGCGAAAAGCACAGUGGACGGCAGAUUGGACUUCAUCGAGAAGGAAAUCAAACGAUUUGAAGACAACAUCAAGACCAUGCAGGAUAAGAGUGAGGGGAAGAAGAUGGAGGCAAGUAGACUGCAAACGAGUGAUGAUCAACUGUGCGCUGACGAUGGGUGUACCAGAUUAUGCAAAUCCAAUCUCAAAUGCAACAAGCUCCUGCCUCUGCUUGAAAGACAUCUGCAGCUCUGA